AUGAACUCUGCAAAGUCUUCGCGAGGGAUGAGCCAAAAUGCUGAGUCCAACGGUGAUGCAGCCGUUGGAGACCUUGCAGAAAGUAUCGCCAGUUCAGGGUCCUACAGAUGGGUGGAAGAAGAGUUCGAGGCCUCGCCUGAGGACUUUGACGAAUUUGUCCAGAAAUAUGGCGAUGUCAAGGUAAAAUAUAUCAAGAAGCCUCAAAAUACAAAUACGUGGUAUUUUACUCGACCUUACGCUCUCAAUUUCUUCUACAAGGGCACGCUGUAUAGGACCAGGCAGGAACGCGGGGAAAGCGGAAAAACCGAAUUGUUCUUAGAUUUGCUCUAUGUGGGAAUUGUGGGUAAUUUGGCAUCCCAGGCUACUGAGGAGGCAAGCGGGGCCUCUUUGUUGAGGUAUUUGCUACUAUUUCUGCCGGUCUAUCAAGUAUGGGCUGACAUCAAGGACUUCAUGGACUACUAUUUCAAUGAGGAUCUCUCCCAGAAACUGUACAUCCUCUGGAUCAUCAUACUGCUCACAAUAUAUUCCAACAAUACGAGUACAGUUUUGGAGUCCCAUGCUGAGACAGCCAUGUGCGUGGUACCGUAUAUGCUGUGCAGGUUCUCGUUGGCGAUCAGCCAAUUGAUAUACUCAUUGUUCAUACCGCAACAUCGGUUCCAGAUGCGAUUCCAUGCUACUUCCAUUUUGAUAACUACUUGGUUAUGGAUUCCUGUAAUUUUUGGUUCGACCAGGCUCAAAAUCGGACUAACUUUAAUGAACCUGGUUCUGGAACACAUCGGGUUCACCGUGGCUUACCACGGAUGGACCAGGAGACUGUUCAAGCUAAAAUACUCCACCGCCGUUAAUAUUGAGCAUGAGGUGGAGCGGGUUUCUGCAUUUUAUGUCAUUGCCAUUGGCGAGUUCUUAUACAAAGUUGUCACCGGUGGGGCGCUGGGUGCGGGCUUCACAGCCAGAUUGGCCAGGGGAAUCAUGCUUCUGGUGAUAGCGUAUGUGCUUCUGUGGUUAUACUUCAACGGUGAGGGAAGUCUGAGAGCAGUCCAUGCUCUCAGAAGAUCAUCUCACACAGCAAUGCUGUGGAUCUGGGCCCAUAUUCCGCUCAUUGCUAGUCUAAUUCUUGCUGCCGACGCUAGUGGUGAUCUGUGUCUGUUCACGGAUGAACGCACAUGGAAUGAGUCGGGGGAAGGACAUUUGGAGACGGGUUUGGAAAGACGAUCUGAAGAAUCUGGUGAAGGGUCUGAGGCCAGUCGACGAGCUCUGGCCUUCUUUUUCACUGGUGGUUUGGGUGUUGCUCUCAUAUGUUUGUUCGUAUUGGCUAUUGCGGAUAAGUCGCUAGAUUCAUGCGAGGUCCAUGCAAUCCCCAAAUUCUGGCGAAUUUUUCCUCGAAUUCCGGUAGCCCUUCUUAUAAUAUUUAUCACGUUUGCAGAUCUGGGGAUUACGAAAUUGUUCGGUUUUGUCAUGGCGGUUCUGGUGGCCCUGCUGCUCUACGAACUCUUUGCAAUGAUGCCUCGUGCAGAGUAUUGCGGUAGCAACCGGGAAGAUAUACCGGAUCCCACCGAGGAACCACAGGAGGAGCCAUAG